AUAUGGACGUUUGGCCGCAAUGGCGCCCGCUCCAAGUGAAGUUGAUGUUUUUUCGGGACCACACAGUCGCAUGAAAGAACUUGUUCGCAUUUAUUCAAACAAGUUGACUGUAACAGACUUCUCUAACUAUGCUGACCUGAGGGAGUUACUUUGGAGUCUACGAUCGACAUUCAGAGAGUUUCAAACUCAUGAGUGUAUUGAGAAUGAGUGCAUUAUGCAGAAACUCAAACACAGGCUUGAUUUUCUCAAGGUUGAGAAUCAAGCCGUGUACAAAGUGCAUUCGGACAACCGUCUGAGUGACAUGCAAGGGCUCCUGGAGGAUGGAUGUCAUAGGACGGAGCAUCUCCAGUCACCCAGUGAGAUGAGAACCAUCGGGAGUCAGAUCAAAGACGCUCUGGAAGUCUUCACCAAGAAUUUCCUACCUCAUAUGCAGGAGGAGGAGGAGUUUUUCCAGCCGUUAUUGAUGCAGUAUUUCACAUAUGACGAGCUGAAAGAGAUUCGAUAUAAUGUGAUUGAGAAGCAUUCUCUACACACUAAGUAUAACCUCGAACAAGACAAGGAGUCGUCUCAUGAGAAUACCUCAGCAGAGAAGGUGGAUGGACUGAAAGAGGACGUUGAGGACAAGGUGACAUGCAGGGUAUCAGGCCUCCCAUCGGAGACUCUCCUUCAGAUCUUCUCCUACCUGAACCCUAAGGAUCUCAGUCACUGUGCUCAGGUCUCCUCUCACUGGAAUGAAAUGGCACUGGAUGGAUCAUUGUGGAAGAAUCUCUACCCAGUCAGAUGGGCACAAGGUGAUUGGAGUUUCUACUUUGACGAAUCGGACGCCGAACUCCAAGACAUCCCUCCCGAAGACGACGAAGAAGACAUCUACGUGACCAAAGAUGAAGACGCAGACUUUGACGAAUCGGAAGCGUCAGCGGACAGCGAUGAGAAGAACAACCAUGCAGUCAACCAAUCAGUAACGAGUAUCCGACGAGAAACGAAGAUGCUGGAAGGGAUCGCUAAAUACCUUAUUCCUGUGGUGGGUCACGGAGUGGAGAGAUUGAAUCUAUCGCAGAGUAGAGGACUUAAUAAUGCAGCGGUUUACCGAUUGCUGGCCAACACACCCAACUUGAAACAUCUAGAUUUGUCACUCACCAAGGUCUCGGAUAUUGCUUUCAAAGGAUUUGGCAAGAAUGGCUCCGGACGGCAGCUGAAAUAUCUGAACCUCGCCGGAUCCACCAGCAUCUCCGACUCCACUCUGAGGAGACUCGCGGCUGCUAUUGCACCCCCGAUGGAAAAACAACAGCCAAAAUGUGACAACACAAAAAGGUCUAAUGAGAUAUCCUGCACCGGCAGUGAAUGUAACAGCCAUUGCCGUGGCAUGAACGCCAGCGACGAGUUACCGACCGACAAAAAUGGCCGACCGAUGGUGCGGUGCCACAAACACACAGUCAAUGGAUCAGAGAUUGCUAACCCGACAAGUACUGUUACCAGACUGAGCAGUACUAGAGAGAGAAUAAAUGUUAUCUUGAAUGACGCAGAUGUGACCCAGCGUGACGCUGAUGUGACCCAGCGUGACGCUGAUGUGAUUCGCCAUGACAUGACUCAGUGUGACGCUGAUGUCACAUCUUACAGGACAGAGGGUGGUUUGAGCAAUGACAGAGGUGCCAUAGUGGCCCCAAGGACUUGUAGCUCCAACACCCACUCAAUAAAAGACACUAUUAUUAUUAAUCAGGAAGGCAAUGAUACUGAGGGGCGGAGUCAAUUGGAGUUCCUAAGCCUUGCUGGAUGCUAUAAGAUCACUGAUAAUGGGCUAAGAUUGUUAGCCACUAAUGGAGGGCUCCCUCAUCUGAAGCAUCUUGACCUAUCAGGAUGCCUCAACGUCACAUCGGCUGGACUCAACCAGCUGGCAACGGUCUGUCACGGCAUCGUUCAGGAGGAGUUCUUCUACUGUGAUAACAUUCUAGAGGGUCCGUACCCAGACACGGCCAGCGGCUGCCAGAAUCUUCAGUGUAGUAACUUGGUGUGUUGCCGUAGUGGCGAGUAGAGCCUGGGAAGGUGAGUUUCCGAUGAACAAAGACUGGCAAGAACUUUCAACAAGAUUUACAAGGGAUUGGCGUAGAAGUAGACAACAAGUCUUCACAAUUCAUCAUCAGAGAUCAAAGUGUAUUUAAAGCAUAAUUUAAGAAAGGGUUUAAAUUGAAAAGAAUAAAUAUAGCAAUCUUUGGUUAUUUACGUAAUAUAGUCAUUCCUCAAAGCUGUCUGGACAAUUGUGCAUUCCAGACAUUUUUGAUAUUGUAAUAUGGUAAAGCUAAAUGAGUCAUUUGUCAAAAAAAAAAAUCAGUAUGGAGAAACAAGCCAAAACAAGACAAAACAAGCCAAAACAAGCCAAAACAAGCCAAAACAGGCCAACAGGGGUGAAUAUUUCAACAACCAAAUUUUGUAAAUUUGAAUACGCAAAAAUAUUUUAUUUUUCAUUGGCAGCUUCUUCCCUGAUAAAUAACACCUAAAAUGGUUUUAAAAAAUUGUUUACUUUUUCUCAGUUUUGUUCUCUUGCAUUUCUUGGUCUUUAUACUUAAACAACUUUUGAACCAAAGAUGGUAUCAACAGUCGUAUUACAGUCAUAGUAUGCUCUUUUCAAAUGUAUAAAAAAAAGUCCUGGGUCGACAAACGACUCAUUUUGCAUGUUUACGGGAACAUUAAAACAGCUUUUAUUUGAUGACCUGCAGAGGUAGUAUUAUGACUAUGAUAAUUUUCGUCGCUGAUUUUAGGUAAUACUAUAAUUGCUUUUUAGGCAGAGUGAAAAAAUAGACUUGUGCUAGUCAUCAGCUUACUUUGAAACUGUCUGAUGUAUUAUGUUAUUCAAGAUUAUUUAAUAUCUAUAAACUUCAAAAUCUUUUGAUUCUUUCAUAAGAAAAGGAACACCCUGACUCAAUAAUUUUGAUUGGACAAUGUAAUUCAAACAAAUCUUGGUUGGGGGGGGGGUUAUAAAACUCAAGGCACUGGUGACAAAUA